AUGUGUAUACAAAGCGAGCAGACGAAAGAUAAGCAGGUCAGUGGUCAUGGUGCCCAGCACUUACUUAGGGAUGGGGCACAAGCGACCCUGCGAUCUUUAUUGUUAAGCAACCUUCGCAAAGGUCAUUCACGGGAUGGGUGACAGAAAAAUUAUUAUCUCGAUCUCCUCCGGUGCUUAAAAAAGCACGUUAAGUCCCGGCUGUAUUUGCAGUCUUCAAUCCCCAUUGGGGCUGCGUGGAGGAUCAUAGCCCAUCCUCAUUAACCUGAGGAAGGUCUGAGGUAUGAUGAUGAUAAAGCAUUAAACGCAAAUAUUACUUUGAAUGCUAUGAAAAAUAUCAAACGAAAGAGUUGGAUGCCAACUGCAAUCUUUAGUCGAGUUUAAAUAAGUUUUUAUUAUGAUUGGAAUGCAUUAACUGCAAAUGCAGCCGAGACCAUCGGCUUAAAGUGCCUUCCGAAAUAUGGUAGUAGUGAGAAAUAAUACAUUUUUGGUCACCCAUCCCGUGACUGACCCUUGUGAAAGUUGCUUAACAACAACGAUUGCGGGCCGCGGCGAUUAUCGACUAUGCCACCGAGCUACUGAAAUAUUUGCCUUAUUUAUAAUUAUAUCCUCUUUCCCAGGUCUUUAUACAUCCGACCACCACUGCCGAGUCGUUUGACACAAAACAAGCUGUCAGAGCCGAUAGUUGUGAAGCAGCAAGAAGUACAGAAAGAAGACAUCACAGAAGAAAAGGAAAUGAAGAGAGGGUGCAUAGAGAAGAUUUCAAGAUAUCUAGACGUCUCCCUCUUGAAGUCGUGGCGUUUCGGUUUGCUGUGCGCGUCUGUUGCGCUGAUGUCUUGCGGGUCGCCGUACGCCUUAUAUUAUUUACCAGCAUAUGCUCAACAGUUCCUGGUAUCCCGCUUAGAUGCAGCAUUGUUCAACCACAUCCCUGUGGAACAGAUGUACACUACAAACACCGUGAUAGAAUGUAUGAGACGCGUUUGGUCAAUAAAUGUAGUUUUGUAUUUUUAUACACAAAAGGGGGAAUCAAUAGAAUAGGAAAGAUGACUGGGUAAAAAAAAAUGCAAUUCUAUUUAGUCCGUCAGUCAGAUAAUAGAAAAAUAUUAGAUACGUAUUUUUUUGUACUUCAAUUUAACAAGAAAUAGCUUAGAUAACAGGCAUUAAAGUUGAGGAGUGGGGGCUCGCUACGUCACAGUUGAGUAGAAAACGUACUCUAACGUGACGUCAUGCGAAAUUUCAACUCAAUUUAACGACGUAAUUUUAUGAAUACGAAAGAAAUUAAAAAAUACGUGUUUAAUAUUUUUUAACACUCUACCUGACGGACAAACAAACAAAAUUUAAUCAUCAUCCCUAUUUAAACAUUCGUGGAUAAGAUGACAUGAGUGGAUUCGAACAUAACAAAUAUUUCAUAAAAAUAAACACGUUUUCCUGCCUUGAAUAUAAAAAUCAAAAUUAAAAAACUUUUUUACACCCGCGAAAAGGCUGUCCUUCAUAUUCAUGACGUCAUUGUGUACACAAAACAAAUGCAUAGAGUAGAAGAUUAAAAGAUAUCAAUAAAACAAGAACAGUGCCACCUAACGAUCGAUUUCGAAAUAAAAAUAUAUAAAUAAGCUGAGAACACCGCCAUCUAGCAAUUUGAUUUACAAUUGGACUGCGCUCCACCUGAUGGUAAGUGGAGGCGCAGUCCAAACGCGAGGACAGCUAGUGUAAAACAGUACGUAGGUACUGCACUAGCCAACCUCACCUUGCCGACCUGCAAGAUGCUUCUUCACGCCCCGCUUGAAGGACCCCAUGUCAUAGGAUGGAGGGAAUACAUGGGCCGGGAGACAAUUCCAUUUUUUGGAAGUACGACAAAGAAAUGAGUCGCCAAAUUUCUUUGUACGCGAAGGAAUCGUUGCCACAGUUAGUUGGUGGCAACGCAAACCAGCACGUGUGGUCCUGAGGAGGAAGGGAGAUGGGGGGAUAAGGGAAAAGAGUUCUUCAGAGCAUUCACCAUGGUAGAGACGGUAGAAGACGCUGAGCGAAGCAACGUCUCGGCGCAGUUGCAGGCUUUCUAGGUUCUUGGUGACUUCACCAUUGCCAAUAAUGCGCACUGCACGGCGCUGCAAUCUAUCCAAAGCAUCGAGUAAGUACCUAGCGGAGCCAUCCCAAAGGUGCGAGCAAUACUCCACGCAUGACCGGACCUGCGUUUUGUAUAGUAGGCACAGUUGUUCGGGCGUGAAAAAACGCCGCACCUUGUUCAGGACACCGAGUUUACGUGAUGCUGUUUUAAUAACAGACUCGAUGUGGUUUUUGGGAUUCAGAUCACAGCGCACUUCCAUCCCGAGCAUGUUGAUGCUGCUCUGUAGAGGCAAGGUUGUGCCCUGAAGAGAGGGAAGGGAAGGGAAUGGGGGGGUCUUGGCGGUAAAUACGCAGACCUGAGUUUUCUUGGCAUUGAACUCAACCAGGUUUUCAGCACCCCAUUUCGAUAUGAGAUCCAGAACGUGAUUGAGCUCAAUGACAAGAUUCUCUCUUUUCUCCAGGAUUUCCGCCCGUCCGACCGUAGGAGCCCCGUGAUAUCCCACAUGCACUGUGCUGUCGUCUGCAUAGCAAUGGAUAUUUCCAAGUGGAAGCAUGUCAUUGAUAUGCAGCAGAAAAAGUGUAGGGGAUAGAACGGAGCCCUGAGGCACACCGGAAUUGACUGUCCUAAGCUGCGAAGAGCAUCCGUCAGAAAGAACACGGAUUUUACGCUCACGCAGGAAGUCGGCUAUCCAGGCGCAUAGUUGAACGGGCAGACCGUAGGCCGGAAGCUUGGAGAGAAGUCCCUUGUGCCAAACCCUGUCAAAUGCCUUAGCAAUGUCAAGACUGACAGCCAAGGACUCGCCGCGCUUGUCUAUAGCUUCACCCCAGAGGUGCAUGACGUGCGCUAGAAGAUCACCCGUUGAUCGUUUUGGUCUAAAGCCAUACUGACGAUCAUUUACAAGGGAGUGAUCUUCUAGGUAUCGGAUCAGUUGGGAGUUAAUAAUCCUUUCCAUGACUUUACACAGCACAGAGGUGAUAGCUAUAGGGCGGUAGUUUGCAGGGUCUGACCGAUCUCCCUUUUUGGGCACUGGCUGCACAAUGGCCUCUCUCCAAGCCUCAGGUACACGACCCGAAGAAAGAGAUAGCUGAUAUAGGCGCGUAAGUACGGGAGUCAACUCCGCUGCACACAUUUUUAUAACAACCGCAGGUAUGCCAUCAGGACCACUAGCUUUCCGGACAUCGAGUGACUGUAGUUCCGCACGCACAUCACGCUGCCUGAUAUGAAUAUCAGGCAUAGUGAAGCCACAAGAAGGUAUCGUUGGUGGCAGUGCAUUACAGUCAUCGAUUUGGGAAUUAGCCGCGAAGAGGCUUGCCAAGAGGUCGGCUUUCUCCUGCGGCUUGUGAGCUAAUGUUCCAUCUGGACAUCGAAGCGGUGGCAGCGAGGGCUGGCAGAAAUUGUUUUGCACGGCCUUGGCGAGACGCCAGUAGCUACGGGAGCCCGUAGGGUGCGUAACUAACUCAUGGCCAAUACGUGCGACGCGCUGGGCAUCCGCUCUGAUGUAAGCCCUCUUACAGGACUUGGAAGCCUGAUUGUAGGCCGCUUUUAUUGAGUCAAUAUCGGGAUCCCUCCGAGCACGACCCCUGAUCCAAGCUCGAUAUGCCAGCUGUUUAGACGCAACAGCGUUAGCACAAUCGCGAUUGAACCAGCGGUUGUGUUUGCCCAUACUGAUCAGAUUGGAGUGCGGAAUGUAGUAUUCCAUAGCAAUACCGAUCUCCUCAGUAAUAGCAACGGCGCUCGUUGUCGGAUCCUUCUCACAAAAGCAGCGCUGCUUCCAAGGAACGGAUGCAAGGUACUCGCGCAUGCCGUCCCAAUCCGCUGAGCCAUAGUGCCAUACGCGUCGUCGAGUCCUCGGAGGUUGAGGGGGCUCGAUUCGCGGCACUUUGGUGGAUAUCAAGCAGUGGUCGGAAUUGCCCAGUGGGGCACGAACAUCAACCUGAUACCCGACGGGAUGGCUCGUAAGCAGAAGGUCCAGUAAGGAAGGCGCUUGACCGACUAUAUCUGGGAUCCUGGUGGGCUGAUCGACCAUUUGAGUCAAGUCAUGCGUGAGAGCGAAUGCGUGGGCUGAUCUCCCAGCAUGGUCCGUCUUGGAAGAACUUAACCACGAUUCGUGGUGAGCGUUGAAGUCCCCCAAGAAAACCAGUUCUGCGUUAGGAUACUGCUCCUGCGCGUAAUCUGCCGCCCGACUGAGGUGGUCAUAAAGUCGAGUUGUCUCCGCAUCGCCAGUGUGGGAUCUGUAGAGGCACACAUAGACUCGAGUCUGAUGACCUAAGUCCAUAUGUACCGCUAGGAGGGAAAAGGAAGGGUCCUCUAGGCAGCGCAAUCGGUGACAGCAAACAUCCGCCCGGACAAACAAGCAUACACCGGCUUUCGCUUUGAAGGACUCUUCAAGUGCGUAGCCGGGAUAGUGAAGGUAGCUUGUAUCGUCCGGGCGGAGAAUUUGCGUCUCCGUCAGAAACAACAUUGCAGGCCGUGCUGUCUCUAGGUGUUGGUGGACAGCAUUGAGGUUGGCAUGGAGUCCCCGUAUAUUAGAGAACUCAACCUCAAACAGCGAAGGCGUGGGGUUGUGCACCGCUGUACGACCAGAACGUGUUGCUGUGGCUGCCAUAACGAUAAGGGGUGAGGGGACGUGAAGCAGGAGGGCAUUGUCACGACUGCUCCAGUCAAAAAUAUGGGCGCCUGUUUCCCCAGGUGUUGCCCACAGAGGAGUAGCACCGAUCCGCCAGACGGAAGGGCCCCCGUACCCCCCCGGGAGUGGCCGCCGGGACCCACGCUCCGGUCACCAACCGGCACGACGGUCCACCCCAAGAUUAUGCGUGGCAUGAUAGGGCAGCCUCACGAGCUGGUUAGGCACGCUUGGGCCCCUGUACUGUACCACGGGCGGCCAGCGGUCAGCCGUUUCUACGGGUCUCCCUGGCUGGCGGGUCGAUGCAGUCCUCCUGGCACUGGUUCGACGGAGGCACCCACCGGACCCAAACAAUCGCGGCAACGUCGUCCCGAGCUCUGGUUGUACGUUGGCUGAUCCCGAAACGCGCUCUACGAGCGAGCACUUCACGGGUUUUUCACCAUGUGUGUACGGUGGUAACUAACCAGGCGGGAUUAAACCCUACCACCAGUUGCGAGCAGAUCUGAACUCGAAUUCCUUUAGUCGCCUCUUACGACACCCACAGGAAAGGAAGGGGCGGUGAGUUAUGUAUUCUUUCUCCGUCACCGGUCACGCGUCAGGUGCGUACGGGCUGUGCCUGGGCUGCUGGUUCCUGCUGGUGCCGGUGCUGCUGGCGGACGCGUUCGGCACCGCGCGCAUCGCCUCCUCCUACGGGCUCGUGCGCAUGUUCCAGAGCCUCGCCGCCGUCUCCGUGCCGCCCACCGCCGGUGCGUACGGGCUGUGCCUGGGCUGCUGGUUCCUGCUGGUGCCGGUGCUGCUGGCGGACGCGUUCGGCACCGCGCGCAUCGCCUCCUCCUACGGGCUCGUGCGCAUGUUCCAGAGCCUCGCCGCCGUCUCCGUGCCGCCCACCGCCGGUGCGUACGGGCUGUGCCUGGGCUGCUGGUUCCUGCUGGUGCCGGUGCUGCUGGCGGACGCGUUCGGCACCGCGCGCAUCGCCUCCUCCUACGGGCUCGUGCGCAUGUUCCAGAGCCUCGCCGCCGUCUCCGUGCCGCCCACCGCCGGUGCGUACGGGCUGUGCCUGGGCUGCUGGUUCCUGCUGGUGCCGGUGCUGCUGGCGGACGCGUUCGGCACCGCGCGCAUCGCCUCCUCCUACGGGCUCGUGCGCAUGUUCCAGAGCCUCGCCGCCGUCUCCGUGCCGCCCACCGCCGGUGCGUACGGGCUGUGCCUGGGCUGCUGGUUCCUGCUGGUGCCGGUGCUGCUGGCGGACGCGUUCGGCACCGCGCGCAUCGCCUCCUCCUACGGGCUCGUGCGCAUGUUCCAGAGCCUCGCCGCCGUCUCCGUGCCGCCCACCGCCGGUGCGUACGGGCUGUGCCUGGGCUGCUGGUUCCUGCUGGUGCCGGUGCUGCUGGCGGACGCGUUCGGCACCGCGCGCAUCGCCUCCUCCUACGGGCUCGUGCGCAUGUUCCAGAGCCUCGCCGCCGUCUCCGUGCCGCCCACCGCCGGUGCGUACGGGCUGUGCCUGGGCUGCUGGUUCCUGCUGGUGCCGGUGCUGCUGGCGGACGCGUUCGGCACCGCGCGCAUCGCCUCCUCCUACGGGCUCGUGCGCAUGUUCCAGAGCCUCGCCGCCGUCUCCGUGCCGCCCACCGCCGGUCAGUGCCGCCGCCGUACCUUUUAUACGUCAUCGUCCCCAUUGCGGGGGCUCGGGAGCACCAUUCUAUUCUCGUCGAGCACACAUUGAUUUUCGUUUGACAUAACAAAUUCGCCAUUUCUAUAUCAUAAUAAAUUUACCUUUAAACAUGAAAGAAAACCGGUAGGGUUGUCAUAGAGAAAUCAAGAAAGUACCGUAGCGACAUCUAGUUUGAUUUCGGGUACUAAUGUUUUUUUUUAAUAGUUCCUCAUUCGUGCGCCAGUUCGACUCGCACUUAACUAGUUUUUUGGACGUUGUCUAAGCCUAUGAUUUUAAAUAUAAUAUUUUACAGGUCUCGUCAGAGAUGUGACAGGUGGUUACUCAUGGUGUUUCUACGGCAUGGGAUCCUGUAUGGUGUUAGGUUCGAUUCCCGUCAUCGCCUUCUAUAUUCUAACCAAGAACGACGAUUCAGACUCGUCGGUCGAUUGA